AUGCGCGAUUCAAAUCACAGAUGCGUGUUACUGAACAGGUCUAGCGUGACGAUAACUUCUACUGUUUAUGACCGAAGAGGUUUAGACUGUAAUUCGGAAAUUCCACUUAUAAACUCGCUCAACCACUUGACUUAUUUGACCUCUAACUCAGCUAAAGUGCGAGAAACUGUGGCCGACGAUGGCGCACUGAUAAGGCUCGUCGCUAUUCUGCACGACUGCCACAUAACGCUCGACGAAUGGCCUAAUGCGCAAGUGGAAGAUGGCUUGAAUAUGGUGGAGAAAAUCGCGAGAGAGAGAAAGCUCGCCAUGAUUGCUUGGAAAUGGACACUGGCAUUCCAGUGCUUAGUGCUUACGGGUACCAGAGGUACAGAACAAAUCCGCAAACAGGUCGUAUCGUCCGGGGUUAUCCCAAUCUUGGCUACGGUGCUCGACAAUUAUCUGCUGCUGGAAAAGGGCUAUGAUUUUAUGAGCAACGCUCCGAUAGAGUUCGAUCUGAAGAACUGUUCUUUCAGUGAUGACUACGACGUGUCUCAAGAAGUUGACAUUGAAAGCUUGAUUUUGCGAUACAAGCAAUUGGCCAAGCCUGAUAUAAUGCAGCUAAAUACAAGCUUCAGCGAGCUAUGGCAGUCCACAAUGGAAACCGAAAAAGGCCUCAAUGAUCUGGAAACAGACAAUUACGAUAAUAUAACAGUAUCGAUACCGCGAAACUUCUUCUGGGGCAAAAUUGUACCAAAAGCCGACGACGUUAUUUGGUCUCUUCAGCUCUUGGCCUUUAUUUCAAAGUAUACACAUAUGAAACCGCAUUUGCAAAAGGCCCACUUGGUCAAAACGCUCUCUCUGCGAAACGCACUCUCGAUAGCAAGGAAAAAACAUGAAGAGCUGGAUUUAUCUUCUUUAAGAAUCUCACCCGAGAUCGAGAACACGACAGAGCUAGACGAAUCAGAUUUCGAAGCGGAACCUGAUGAGACUACAGUCGACUUUGAUGAUCCGUUUUUGAUUAAUAUGAAAUCUCGUUGUAAAACGAUCGGAAAAGAGCUUUCAUUCCAUAAUUCUGCCCCUCAGCAUUCGCACAAGAGGAGCUCGAAACUGCAUCUGGAACGAUCGGAAGAAAUGGCUUAUCUUAGACAAGAAUUUAGACGCAAAUGGAAUUAUGACACUAUGCCUAAAGACUUAGACGACGAAACUUAUGAUCAUCUCAUACAUGCUCCGCAUUUCAACCUUUUCCCUCUGGUGGAGCGAUUUACUAUUAAGAAAGAAAAUGAAAGAGAUAUGACCUACUGGAGUUCUGUGAUUAUGAGAAACUCAUGCAGGAAAAACGAGACGACAGGAGUUCGACAGUGCGCUAAUUUUGCAUGUGGUAAAUGGGAAGACUUUCCAAAGAGAUUCGCAAAGUGCAGACGGUGCAAGAGAACAAAAUAUUGCUCGCGAGGGUGUCAACUACAAUCAUGGAACUACCAUCGCUAUUGGUGUCAAGAGGUUAGUGGGUCCUCCGCUGGAACAGUUUCAAACGGCAGCGGAAGAAUCACUCCAAAUCAGGUACACAGCACUACAGAUUCAAUAGCUGAAUCCGCUGUUGCAGGCACACCAAAUGUUGAGAAUGGUCGUGAUAUUUUGGCAGACAACGCUGACAUUUCGCGUAGGAUUAAUGGUGAAAAUGCACUGCCCGACGGAGCAUAA